AAUUCCAGUUCGCGGCUGGAGAGCUGUGGCCAAACCACUGCAGAAGACAGCGGCUGAGCGCAUCCAGCCCCGACCCCAGUACGGCUGGCCUCGGGCCCGCGGGAGGCGGGCAUGUUGGCAUGGCAGGACGUCGGGGCCAAGGCGGCCCCCUCUCACCACAAGAUCUCCUUCUCUGUCUUGGACAUCUUGGAUCCGCAAAAAUUCACGCGAGCUGCCCUCCCGCCGGUGCGUCUCGCUGCCCUGGAAGCCAAGAAAAGUUUAGAAGAGGUGGAAGCAGGGCAAGAUGCUUGUUCGGGGAAUCCAAUCGGGUCACAGGAGACCCCUGAUGCGGUGGGCCGAGGCAUUGACCCCGGGUCUCCGGUGGAGGGCUCCGAGGCAGAGGAGGAGGAGGAAGCUGAGGAUGCGGGGCGCGCGCACCAGCCAGAGCGCUGGCAGGGGGUCCAUGAGGGCUCACCAGAGGCCCGGGCAGUAGCGGUGGGAACGGAAGAGAGCGGCGCGGAAGGCCUCCCGGCGUCCCCGGGCUCUCCCGGUUCCCCGCGGCCCCGACGCCGGCGAGCCGAGUCCAGCUGCGCCAAGCCAAGGCGCGCGCGCACUGCCUUCACUUACGAGCAGCUGGUGGCCCUAGAGAACAAGUUUCGAGCCACGCGCUAUCUGUCGGUGUGCGAACGCCUGAACCUGGCGCUGUCGCUCAGCCUCACGGAGACGCAGGUCAAAAUUUGGUUCCAGAACCGCAGGACCAAGUGGAAGAAGCAGAACCCAGGGGCCGACGGCGCCGUGCAGGCGGGAGGCGGUGCGCCUCAGCCUGGGACACCGGGCGCGGUAGCGGGGGGCGGUGGCAGUGCCACUGGGAGUAGUCCUGGCCCUCCGGUUCCUGGCGCUCUGCCCUAUCAGACUUUCCCCACCUAUCCUGCCACCAACGUCCUCUUCCCUGCCGCCUCCUUCCCGCUGACGACCGCCGCCAACGGGAGUCCCUUCACUCCAUUCCUUGGGCCCUCCUACUUGACCCCUUUCUAUGCUCCACACCUAUGAAUCCGGUACUGCUGCUCAGUCAGAAUUCACGAGUGAUCAGUAUGAUGACGCGGGUCCCCGCUUCACAGAGGGGCACUGACCGCCCCCUCCUGGUGUGCCCCUUCCCUCCGACUGCUGGUGACGCCACCAGAGGGCGAGGAGAAGUCACCUGCAGACUACAACCACACAAGCCACUGAGGGGUCGAGGCGAUGUCCGUCCAGACCAGGCUGUUUUAAACGUUUCCAGCUUCUGGACCUCAUUCUUCCCUUUGAUUUACUUCGAGGGCUCUGUUCUUUACCGUGUCUGGCUAAUAAGGGUUCCCAGGAUGGAGACCAGAGGGAGCCAAGAUGCCCUGGGCACCAGUUGCUAGCACCAAGGACUGAAUCUUUAAAGGUGGCAGGACUUAUGAAGAGGAAGAAACUUUUCUUCCUGGCGUUGGAAGUGGCUCAGCACGGAACUCCCAAAUCCUGAACAAAGCUGGAGCACGAGGAACCCAAAGCAGAUGCAGUUGUUGAGUGGGCUGGUUUCAAGAUGCACGACCUUAGUGUGUGUGUGUGUGUGUGUGUGUGUGUGUGUGUAGACUCCAUUGUUGAGUGGGCUGGUUUCAAGAUGCACGACCUUAGUGUGUGUGUGUGUGUGUGUGUAGACUCCAUUUGUGGCCCGAAGUUGUUCAGCGCUGUACCUAUAUUCACCCAGAGAAGACACGGGGCAACUCUGUUACCUCACAGGUUUUGAGAACAGCUUGGACAGACCACAGCGGUGUCCUAAAAUGCACAAAAAGGACAGAAAAGGGAGCGAUGACCCAAAGGCUCUCCUGAAGUCUGUGUGUGAGUCUUUGUGAUGUACAGUGCUUGGCGCCCAUCUGUCCGUUCUGCUACACUUUCACGGACUUCA